ACGGUCACACUGCGCUUCUUGACUCAAUUAGUAUUUACAUUUUCAACUGGAACGCUGAUAAAAGUGAAUAAAAUUGUUGCAUCGCAGGCGAAGGCAGGAUAAAAUGGACUCAGCACAGGAAGACGGGUCCAGCACGGAUAUAUUUCUGGUCACGGCGAACGUUGGCAGCUUGUUCGAGGACCCGGAGAGGCUUCUGCAGCUAUGGCUCCACGAAUUCCUCGCAAAGAUAUCCAUCGUUCAGCCCAAAUUCCUGGCCCUCCAUCUCCAGGAAGUGGGCGGAAAGACCUACGAAAAGUCUAUGGAGUACGUCCAGGAGUUCAUCAAAUGCCUCUGCGAUUCCCCCGAACUGGCCGACUUCACCUGCGUACACAUCUUCAUGGACGAAGACUUCAAGUCAGCCGAGCAUUUCACGGCUCUUGGAAGUCUUUACUUUGUCCAUCAGGAUGUUGCUUCUUUAAAAAUAUGGAAUUUCCUAACCCACAAUUGGGAGGAAAGUCUUCAAGAUACUAAAGAUAAACAUAUCUAUUCCGGAAAUAUUGAAACUAUUGCCACCAAGGAAAAGUCUAAAUUUCCACAGCAUUUCUUUCCGGAAUGUAAAUGGUCCCGAAAAGGUUUUAUGCGAACACGAUGGGAAAUCAAUGGCACAGUCAUCGAUCUAGUCAACAUUCACUUAUUCCAUGAUGCAUCCAAUUUGGCUGCAUGCGAGAAUUUUCCUUCUGUUUAUUGCAAGACACGGAGAAGAGCCUUAGUUCAUACUAUUGAAAGGUUCCAUUUGGACGAGCAGAAUGGCACUGUGCCCUUUUUCGUCUUUGGGGAUUUUAAUUUUAGAUGUGACACCGAAGGAGUUGUGAAAGAAUUAACUGAAAACCUGACUCCUCAUCGCGUUCAAAAUGUUAAAAAUGAAAAUGAUAAGAUUCAUUAUCGCAACUCAACUGGAAACAACGUUCUUACCGUUGGAAAAAAAGAAUUUAGUCAUGCCGACCAUCAACUCAAAUUUAAAGAAGACUGGCUCAAGAAAUUUGACAGAGAGCUGGAGCCACUUAAAGACAUCCUAGUCGAAUAUCCCAUUAUGUUCGUUCCGUCUUAUCCGUUCGAAGAAGACCCAGAAAUGCCCACCGACUAUAUGUCCACUCGCUGUCCGGCUUGGUGUGAUCGGAUUCUGAUGAGUCCCCAAGUCCAAGAGAUUAUUCGUAGCGAUGAUUGGACAUACGGAAUGAUCGGUGAAGCUGUCUGCAUGGGCGACCACAAGCCUGUUUACUUAACUGUCCGUCUUAAACCAAACAAAGGUACUUAUAGAUCUUGUGAUUGCAACUACACGAAUACUUACGCCAAACCCAACAAUAUCUCAACAUCACCUCUGCCCGCAGUCAAACUGAAAUAUUGUCCCUAUUCCAAUAAGCUCUUUGAGGAUAUAGCCACCAAUUCAAAGUUGAUUAAUGAGACGGAGGCUCGCAAUAUGUACAAUUCUCUGAAAAUUAGUCAAGACGAGGAGGCGAGCAAAUCGCCUUCCUCAAACUUUCCGAAUAUUAGUAUUAACAUAAUUGAUUCCGAUAACAUCUGCAUGUGCUUGUGCGCACACCUUUCUAGUAAUAGUCUGCUGCAGUUCGACGAUAGCGGCCUAACUGGCGAAGCCAUCUGCCCCAUGUGCCGGAACAUAAUCAAGAGGCAGCCCGUGGCUCACCGAUAUAAACUGCUGUCCAAGCGCCUGAUGCUAACGCAGGAUAUAAUAAUAAAUCGAAUAGAUACUCAGCAUUUGAGCACGGAUUCUGAGCGACAAUACGAAGAUCCCUACACGCCGGAGAGCACUGAGUCGCACUCGCCGUAUCCGGAGGUUACUAGCUCGUGCACCUCCACCUCGAGCAGUUCGCGCAGUCCCCUAGAACGUAGACUAGAGCCGGACAGAAUAUCAGAGAGCAAAGCUGGUGAAUCGAAUAUAUGUCCAGAGGCGGCAAAUCCUUUGGCUGAAAAACCUCCCAGGGGCGCCGUAACUCCUGGUCAGCUAAAGUCCCGGCUAGAGAACCUUAAGCGCUUAUCCAUCAAAGACGUGGACGACACAGUUGACGAGCCGGCGGCGGUGGGUGAUGUUGAUCAAGUUGACGCUGUUUGCCCCCCAAACGCUGCUCUAACUCGCUCAAAACGCAGCUCCAGUGUUAUUCCUACGUGUUGUACUAUCAACUAACCACUUAUUCCAGUUUGUUGUUAUUUUGAUUUAUAUUUCGUUGUUAAGAAAAGUAUUUUACAGCAGGCAAUUUAGAACCCGCUUGCUAAAACGCUAUGCAUUAUUUGAUACUUAUUUCACGCCUAAUAUAUAGUAUAAAGGACUCAAUGAUUCCUUUCGAUCUGCAUGCUUUUAACAGCGUGGAUUUACCAAAAAGUUACCGGCUAUGUUUAAGUCUUAGUUUCAAUAUUUUUUUAAUCACACGAAUCGUUUGUUAUUUAUACAGCUAUCUUAAGUAAUUGAAAUCUCUUAAAUCUGCAUUAUUGAAACUCACUAUUUUACAUGAAUCUUUCUCCAAAAUUAUACAAUUCGGAGUGUAAAAACAUAAAACAAUAUAUAUAGUCUUAAUUUAACUUGUCCCAAAGGCUUUAAGCGGCGAGAUGCAUAAGAUAUCUUUGAAUUAACUUAGUGUAAAUACAUUACAGCUUCUGGAAUCAUUGUAAAUAUGUAGGCUGAAGUAUUGCAGUUUUAAUUUGUAUUUUGAGCGCAUUUUAAGAAUUUAUUGAAUAUCAAUCUAAUGUACUUUGUUCCUUUUUGCAGUAGCAGCUUAAGGCCGUAUUAAAAUAUUUCUUUGAAUCUAUGUUUUUAAAAUGUAUAUUGUUUAUUCUGUGUUCGUCUUCUUUAAGAAAAUAAACUACGUUUUUUACCUCA